AUGGCUAUCCAACAAGUCAGUAGAGUCGGUGGUCCAAACAGAUGCUUUGGUACUUUCCAAAAGGCUAUUGAAUGUAUGACCAAUGCAAACACAAAGAACAACGAAGAAUGUAAACCAUUCUUGGAUGAUUAUGUUGAAUGUAGAAGACACAGAUUGGAAACCUAUAAAAUGGUUAUUGUCAAACAACAUUUAGAAAAAGAUAGAACCGAUUUGGAUGUUGAAAAGAUUGGUGCACCAUAUGUUAAGAAGAGAGACUACUUGACUCCUAAAACACUAGGUUUAGUUGGUGGUGAUGAUCAUGCAAUCCAAACUGCAAAGUUCUAG